AUGGAGAUGCAAGUUCAUAGAAUUUCCAAAGAAACCAUUAAACCAUCUUCCCCAACACCUUGUCACCUACAUUCCUUCAAAAUCUCCAUUUUGGACCAACUUUUCACCUCUUUCUAUUUCCCAUUACUGUUCUUCUAUACUUCGAGUCCCCAUCUCUCUACUGACCAAAAAUUGACAAUCCUUAAGGAUUCAUUAUCAAAAACCCUAACUCGUUUUUACCCACUUGCUGGAAGGAUCAAAGACUCCAUCAACAUUGAUUGUAACGACGAGGGAGUUUCAUUGGUAGAAACCAGAGUAAAUUGUGCAAUGUGUGAUUGUCUUAAGCCACCCGAAACUGAGUCACUUAGCAAGUUGCUUCCAUGCCAAUUUACAUGCCCGGAGCCCGUAGAGAAGGCGGUGCAAGUAGCUAUUCAGGCUAACAUAUUUGACUGUGGUGGUAUUGCUUUAGGAAUAUGUUUCUUACACAAACUCAUAGAUGGAACAACUUUUAGUGCUUUUAUCAAAUCCUGGGCUGAAAUUGCUCGAGGAGAUGGUGAUAAAGAAGUGUGUGUGGAUAGCAUGGUUGCGUCGUCACUUUUUCCACCAAAUGAAGCUGUAUCGACUCAUAUGCCAUUCAUCACACAAGUUGUGCCUACAAAAGAAGAGGGAGAAAGUAGCAUAAAGAGGUUUGUGUUCGACGAGAUGUCCAUAUCUUGUUUGAAGAACAAGGCUAGAAGUGAAAGUGUUCCAAACCCAACUCGGGUCGAGGUGGUCUCUGGACUACUAUGGAAAUGCCUCACCAGUGCUUCUGCAAUGAAAUUAGGCUCCCAAACUUCAUCUGUGUUAGUACACAUAGUUAAUUUACGCCCGAGAUCAAAUCCUCCGCUACCAGAUUAUUCGAUUGGAAAUAUUAUUUGGAGAUCUAUUGCAUAUUAUGACCAAGUUACCAUGCAAGAUAAAAACCUACCUUGCUUGGUGGAUCUUCUGAGAAAAUCUAAAGAGGUAAUUGAUUCUGACUACUUACAGAAUUUGCAAGGUGAAGAAGGUUAUAAGCAAAUUUCUAAUUUGCUUGAUGAUGAGGGUGAAAUUUAUUCGAAAUCAGGAAUUGUUUACGUCUUUUCAAGCUUAGUUAACAUGGGGUUCUAUGAAGUGGAUUUUGGGUGGGGAAGGCCUAUGUGGGUCACUGUGGGACCAAUUAUGCAGGGAGAACUAAAGAAUGUUGUUUACCAAAUGGAAAGUAGAUCUGGUGGUGGAAUGGAAAUAUGGGUGAUCUUGAACAAGCGAGCAAUGGCAAUAUUAGAACAUGAUCCAGAGAUCAUACAAUAUGCCACCUUGAAUCCUGAUAUAUGA